CCUUGGUGGGAUACGGCCAAUUAAGCACGGCUGCAAUGCGGUCACUCCCCAGCUCCACUUCUAACGUGGAAAUGCGAUGCCCUAGGAAGGAGACUGUUGAAAUAACAAUUAUUUUUAAGCCUUGAUAUACAGGUCAUGCUUCAACAGGCGACCAAGCACUCUGCGCACCAGGGACACAUGCUCGGCGCGUGUAGCGGAGUACGGUAGAUAUCAUGGACAUGUCACCUACUGUACACAGACACACACGGUUAUCUGACCAAAUUAUCAGGGGUACAGUAGUAUCUACCAUUUCUAUUACUAUUUAUAUAGCAUACACUCACUCUUUCAAACAUGAUUAUUUGGUAAAGUUAUCAGGGGUAGUAACUAGCAUAAUUUAUUUGACUAUUUAUUUCACACACACCUCAUUGGCUAGAUUAGCUAGCUAGCUAACUAGCCACAUCUAGCACAACAUCACUACUAAACUGACCUGGCAAUCCUACUAUCGUGGACACUUGUCUCCAAUCAGCAUUUUUUAAAUGUUUAUGUCCCUGUAGCUGUCAGCAGUUGUGUCAAAAAGACAUGGUUUUGAGGAUACUGCGAAAAAUGAUUCUCUCCUCCAUGUGCACAACUACAUGCGACCAUUUGCAAAAGGUACCUGCAUCAGUAUAGUUGCCUAUCUGCACAAAAUGUGAUGCAGCAGUGAUGCAAUGACGCAGUCGAUUCGAAGCGAAUAAGCGUUUUCCUACCAGAGCGUUUUCCGGCAGCACAAACGGUGACGGCUGCUUCAGUAGAAGAACUUACAUUCAACAAAGUGGCCCUAGCAAUGAGAAGAGCAAAGCAUGUUACUGAAGCUGAGCUGUGUGAUUCUACUCAUCAUCCAGAGGGAUACAGAAAGUACACAUGUGAUUGGAGGAUGGAGGACUGUGGUGCAGGGGGAGGAUGUGGACUUAUCCUGUAGACUGAUAGAGACAGACGAGGACCUCGAACAGAUAACAUGGCAGAAAAGUACUUUGGAAGAAACACAGAACCAUAAUUUUAUGCUGAUUAAUCCCAAUGGGGUUACUAAAUUCAUUGCACCGAAUGGAUUGAGUGGUAGAGUCCUGUUUAUUGGGAACCCAUCAGAAAACCUGGGAUCUAUUAGAAUAACAGCUGUCAGACUGUUGGAUGAAGGCACCUUCACAUGUAUCUUCAGUGUUUUCCCCAGUGGAGCAUACACUACAGAGAUACGUCUGACUGUGCUUGUUCCUCCAGUAGUGAGUGUGACAGUUGAUGUUGAUCCUGUCAUUGGGGAGAAUGAGGUUGUCUUGUCAACCUGCGUGGCUGCUGGUGCCAAGCCACAGGCAGAAGUGACAUGGAAGACAGGUGAAUUCGGCAGUUUGCUGAGGACGGUGACCAACUCCACCCAGCACACCAAUGGCACCACCACAGUACUCAGCCACCUGCUCGGGGUACCAACCAAGGCAGCCAAUCAGCAGCAGGUCCAGUGUGUGGUCAACCAGUCUGCCCUGGUAACAGAGAAGACCUACAACUACAGCAUAAACAUCCACUAUCCACCUCAGUCAGUGAACAUUACCCUUAGUGAGGCCUCUAAAGCCACAGUCUUCCUUUGUGUAGCAGACAGCAACCCACACCCCAACUACACCUGGAGCAGAGUGGUCCAGCCAUGGCCUGGGUCUUCAGUGAGAGCUGAGGGAGACAAACUGCACCUCCUCAGUCUCAGCUCUGAGCUGAAUGGUCUCUAUGUCUGUCAGGCCUCCAACCCCUACGGACGAGCCACUGGCUCCCUCUAUGUACACACAUCCUCUGAGACCUCUGCUGCCUGUUGGGUUCUACUCGUUGUCAUUCUCUGUCUGAUUGUUGCUGCGGCUGCACUCAUAUGGUACCGGUGCAAAUACGGACAGUUUCCUUGGAGUUCAUUCGUGGCCAAGGCACCAGAACAGACUGUAUCAGUAUCUUCCAAGACGAGGAGACAUGACAAGAUUGAGGAAGGUGAAGAUGACUCAUUGACUGCAACUGUCCAAACCAGGAAGGAGCCUGAGGAAGAGGAAGAAGUAUCAUGAUAUUUUUGUUUCCCUCUCGUGGACUCUGCCUUGCCGUGGUUGAGGGGCUUUGCUGCUUCAGCAGGAACAACAACUCUCCUGUACAGUAUGUAUGUACAGUGCUUUCAGAAAGUAUUCAUACCCCUUGACUUAUUCCAUAUUUUGAUGUGUUGCAGCCUGAAUUUCAAAUGGAUAAAACAUAUUUUUCCACACUCAUCUACACAUAAUAACCCAUAAUGACAAAGUGAAAACAUAUUUUUUGAAAUGUUUGUACAUUUAUUGAAAAUGAAAUACAUAAAUAUCUAAUUUACAUAAGUAAUCACACACAAGUCAAUACAUGCUAGAAUCACCUUUAGCAGUAAGUCUUUCUGGGCAAGUCUCUAAAAGCUUUGCACACCUGGAUUGUACAAUAUUUGGACAUUAUUACAAUUUUUUUUUAGUUCUGUCAAGUUGGUUGUUGAUCAUUGCUUGACAGCCAUUUUCAAGUCUUACCAUAGAUUUUCAAGCCAAUUUAAGUAAAAAGUAGGCCACUCUCGAACAUGUAGUGUCGUCUUGGUACGUAACUCCAAUGUAUAUUUGGUCUUGUGUUUUAGGUUAUUGUUCUGCUGUAAUGGGAAUUUGUCUCCCAGUAUCUGGAAAUCAGACUGAAUCAGGUUUUUCUCUAGGACACUGCCUGUGCAUAGCUCUAUUCCAUUUAUUUUUAUUUUAAAAAACCUCCUUGUCGAUGACAAGCAUACCCAUAACAUGAUGAAGCCACCACCAUGCUUGAAAAUACAGUAUGAAGAGUGGUUCUCAGCGAUGUUUUGUGUUGGAUUUGCCAAAAAAACAUAAUACUUUGUAUUCAGGACACAAAGUUAAUUUCUUUUCACUUUAGGAUGCACGUUUUGGAAUAUUUUUUUCUGUAGAAAGUUUCCUCCUUUUCACUCUGUCAUUUAGGUUAGAAUUGUGGAGUAACUGCAAUGUUGUUAAUCCAUCCUCAGUUUUCUCCUAUCACACCACUAAACUCUGUAACUGUUUCAAAAACACAAUUGGUCUAAUGAUGAAAUCCCUGAGCGGUUUCCUUCCUCGACUACGGCAACUGAGUUAGGAAGGACGCCUGUAUCUUUGUAGUGACUGUGUAUUGAUACACCAUCCAAAAGUGUAAUGAAUAACUUCACCAUGCUCAAAGGGAUAUUCAAUGUGUCUGCUUUUUUUACCAGUCUACCAAUAGGUGCCCUUCUUUGCAAAGCAUGGAAAACCUCCAUGGUCUUUGUGGUUCAAUCUGUGUUUGAAAUGCACUGCUAGACUGAGGGACCUUAUAGUAACUGUAUGUGUGGAGUACAGAGAUGAGGUAGUCAUUUUAUUUUAUUUUAUUAGGAUCUCUUUUAGUCCCAAUUUGGACU